AUGGGUGUGGGGCAAUGGGAAGGGCAGCAGGCUUCAGGUGGCCCCACCCCACAGGGCACGAGGUCCUCCUUUCUUUGUUCUGGUCCUGGCUGCAGCUUUGUACCUCCUGUCUCUUGCAGUCCACUGGGCCAGCAUUAUGAUACCAAGUGCUUUCGUCGAAUGUUAUGUCCAGACCCCUUCUGUGACGUGUGUAAUCAUGCAACUGCCGAGAUCAAUAGUCUACUAUUCCCAGAGGCCCUGGAAGAUGCCACACCCUCUGUGUCUCCUUUGGCUUCUACAGCUUCUGUGACUGAAUCAUCAUUCCCUCUGUCCCCCGCCGUCUCAGCACUACCUCCAGGACACCCAAUACCAGCCCCUCUGCCUGAGCCUUCCUCAUCGCCAUCCCCAAUUCUCUCCACUAAUGCAAUGACCCCCUUACCCAACCCUCCUUCACUUUUAUCACCGGGUCACUCUUUGCCACCAAAGCUUUUUCGUCCCUUGGAAUCCAAAUUCCCAGCAGAACAUUCCCAAGGCCAACCUCCUGGCACCCCAUCAUGUGGCAUUUCAAGAACGGAUCUUCUCCAACUGGAGGCCUCUUUGACCCUCAACACCAUCUUUCUGGACCCUUCCCUUUCCCACCGUAUCGACCCCUUACCAGAUUUGUCCCAGAAGUCGAUCCCCACCAAUUCAUCUGCAUACGACCACGAGGCAGCAGUGCUGUCCACCUCACCAUCACCAGACACCAAUUUCACUCUGACUCAAUCUGAACAACCUAAGUCAGACAACCACGUCAAUUCUUCAACAACAAUGUUAGAGUCAGCUGCUGAUAAGCAUGACUCAGUCAUCGCCCUCCCUUUCUUGAACAGCAGAGGCAAAACAACGGACCUGCAUGUCCAUCAGCAGCCCUCACAUCCUGAGGCCUGGGAGGCUUCCUUGCUAGAAAAUCGCAUCUAUCUUUUCUGGGGUUUCCCAUCUUUGCACAGCGAGUCCUUGUCCUCUGCUAUCCAUGUCCUGGGUGACUAUUCCUCUAUCUUUAUUUUCAACAGAAUAUCAAAUGCCUCCACCUGCCAAGAAUACCCGAUACUUUUCCAUCCCCUACCUCCGUCCUUGCCUGAGGUCCAGCCUCAGCCUGUCGCUCAAACCCUGCCCCAGGCCCCCCUUCUGUCCCCACUCCCAACCCCACCCUCUGAUCCUCUGCCGCAGAGGAGCAGGUCUGGAGUGCAUCUCCAUCGACCCCGAAAUGAAUCAGACACGAUGACCACAUCUGAAAUGCAACAUCUUGAGUGGCAUGUGUUGCGGAAGCAACAGGAACGCUUGUGGGGUCUACCCCCUGUGGUCCAACGAUCUCAGGAGGCCUUUUAUUCUUCAGCUCCCCAGUGUGCUCGCCGCCGGCCUUCCCAGGCCCCGGUUUCAGUGUCCAUCCUUCUUGGAGACAUUCCGCUCAGCAAUGAGCUUCGCAAAACUCUAGACCAUCACCUGCGCAAGAGGCUCAUCCAACACCGGUGGGGCCUGCCCCACAGAAUCCAUGAGUCUCUCUCCCUGAUGAGGCCUCUGAGCCAUUGUGCAGACACAUCUGAGUCAAAGAGCAAUUACGGACUCUCAUGGAUCUGUGCAUACAAAGGACAGAGUAGCAAAAAUCAUGCUGUUGGCCUGAGCCCACCCAGCAGCUCCUCUGACAGCAGCUCAGAGGAAGAUGAGCUGAAGGGUGAGGGAGACCGCCCAGAGAAUGGCCAAAAAGAUGAUGUAUCAAGAGACGCAGAGAGCUCUUCACCUAAAGAUCCGGGGUAUGACUCCGAGGAAGACCUAGACAGUCUUAUGAUGGGUCUGUCGGGAGGAAGUCCAAUGGUGUCAAGGCAGAAUCUACGCCAAGGACAAGUGGAAAAUAUCCUGAAAGUACAUUCGGGCACCAAGUUUGAGGACAUUAAUGCGGGUCGGCUGCCUGCGCCUGUGCACAGUGCAUGUCCUGCUAUGAAGCAGAUACCGACUCUGUCUGUGAAUGCCCACAUUGAAACAAAACGAAGUGCGCCACCAUCAGUGGGUGGGGACUGCUGCCUGAACACCUGCCAGGAGCUCUCCUUCCUUGAGUGCAGUGCGCAAGAGUCGCUGGACAGCCACAUGAAAAAUUUUUGUCUGAGAAUGCGGUAUGGCCUUCCCUCCAAGGUCCUUGAAUCCUUAGAGAUCAUUAAAUUGAGAGAUACCUCGUUGUAUUCCAACCUUACUUCCUCAAUGAACCUGAGUUCUGAGGUGAGCUCCAAAUCUGGGAGCUUCAUGUCCCUCAGAAGAAGCACUACAUCUCUCCAUGGAGACGACGUGACAACAGCACACUCACACUCAACCUCCAUCCUGGCUCGUCCUCUCCCUGCCACCUCGUACGUGGGCCAGGAAGGACGGGGGGAUCUGAGUCAGUCACGCUCUGAUAUCCACCGUGGCCUUACAGGGGACAUCCAGAGAAUGAGGGAGGCCAGACAGACUCUUCUGCCUGGCACACAAAACAUCACCGGCCAAGAAAGUCCAAAACAGACUCUACUAAUCAACACAGCCUCCCCAAAGCUGCCCGCAAUGCGACCUGUGGCCAGACACGAGCGCAAGGAUGAGAGUGUAAUAACCACUGAUCGAUCAGAAAGGCAAAAGGGCAAAAAGAUGGAGAACCAAUCAGAACCGGUUUCUGUGCCCGUGACCAGGGUGCUGUUCAGGGCUAAGGAGCUCAAGGGACUUCAGUCAAAUACUAGUGACAUCCUAGUGACAACUAGCAAGCCGGGAAUCUCCCAGGGGAUUCCUGUGAAUGAGAACAAAAGAGAAACUACUGUGACCCCUGAAAGUCCCCCAGCAAAAAUGCUGUUUCUCCAAAAUGCUAAAUCACCAGACUCUAGGGCGCAUCUCCCUGGUGAGUUACAAUCUGAACCAGAGAACAGGGAGCGUAGCCAGGCCGACGGCCCAUACAGUGACAUGCCCGUUGCCUCAGAUGGCUUGACUUACACCGCCUCCCGGGCUCACGCUCAGGGUGUCUCCAGUGUGGACAUGGGAGCUCCCCAGGUGCUGCACGUGCAUGUGGAGGACCGAGGAGUCUGUAUGCAGCAGCGGCAGGAGCCUUGGCUCCCUGAGCACAUCUUAAGGUGCGGCCAAGAUAAGAAUUUCCCACAAACAAAAAGGAGAGGGAGCCAUCAAGGCCCCAAGUCAGAAGCACUUGGUGGAGGGGAUACAGGGCUCGAAACAUCCCGACCUGGAAGGAAGAGUGUUCCUCCUCAGGAGGUAGCAUUAGAGGAGGUGCUUGGCAGCAAGUCUUCCCAGACCCUGGCCCAGGAGGGGUUGUCUUCCCUUGAAAGACUUCUCAGAAUAAAAUUGAAGCACUUCUUUAGAUGGAUUCGCCCUGGGGUAAAAUGCGAACAGCAAGAAAACUCCCAGGAAAAGGGCAGCCCCUUAUCAUCUGCAGGGAGCAGAGGCCCAGAUAAAAGUACAAGGGCUUUCACUGGGGUGACCAAAGGCCUGAAAGUCAUGACAGGCAUGGGGAAGUUUCUACAGGAGAAACUGGGACAUCGGUCUGCAGCAGAUAUGCCCUGCACCCAAGAGCGCCUUCUUUCCCCAGUGAAGUUCGGGCAAGCACAGCAGAAGGCACAAGUACGAGCCCAGGCAGGGCUCAUCCGGGGGCAUCCUUUCAACUCCAGGCCUCCCUGCUGUAAAGUGACAAAGUCAUGCCAACAAGCUUUUGGCUUUGCUGGCCAGAGCUCUACACGUCUUAGACACACCCAAGACAGGGACAGACAACCCCACCAGAAAGCUGGGGCAUUGAAGGAGCAGUUGUUAUAUCAGAAGCGCUUCCAAUCCGGGCCCUGCAGGGAGACUGUGCCUCAUCCAAGCCCAGGCCAGAGUUCUACAAGUCUUAGACAAACCAGAGACAAGGGGAGACAACCCCAGAAAGCUACAGCAUUUAAGGAGCAGCGCUCAUGUGAGAAGCACCCCCAAUCCACACCCCACAGGGAGGCUGUGCCCCAUUCAAGCCACACCUACCGGCAUCAUGGUGGCCAGGGGCGUGGGGCUGCUCUCAGCCAUGCUGAAGGCAUGGCUUCAGAGAUGAGCCUCUAUUACUGA